GGGGGUGCGUGGGUGCUGAUGUUAACACAAGGCGAAGGUAUAGAGACGGCCUGAGACGAUGUCGACCCAAGUUGAACAGGGACCACCCAAACGGCCAAAGUUAUUGGCGUGUGCACGUUGCCGUCAUCGAAAGCAAAAGUGUACCGAGGUUCGACCUUGCACAAAUUGCACCCAGUCUGGGUCCGAAUGUACCCCUGCUAGGUUGCCAUCCUCGAAGCUACCCCUGGAACACGACUAUGUGCAACGCCUAGAGGAGCGAGUUGCACUAUUGGAAUCCGUCAUUCCUCAAGAGAGCCUCGAUCACAUCAACGCCACACAGCCUCAAGAGAUUUCCGUUCACAUCAACGCUCCCCAGUCUCAAGAAACAUUCGACUCCAUUCACGUUGCACAGCCUCUGGAUCAGUCAACGUCCGGAGCUAGGACUGGGAUUCAGCUCCCACUCGAUCCUAGCCAUGAUUACCAAGACUAUUCCGGCCAACUUGACUCUCCUGUCCAACAAGAGGUAGACAUUCCUCUUCCUGUGUCUAUGCCCUUGGCAUUCACCCCUCCCGACAAUGUAAGCCCCGGUUUAUUCGGUGCUCUUUCAGGCAUCUCCAAUCAGACACUUCCUAUUGUACAGGACCACCGCACAACUAUAGAAGCAUUGGAUUUGAACAUGGAAAUGGAGAGUUUCUUAACCCAGACCUACUUCGACAUGGCUCAUUCUCAAUACCCUCUUUUGCUCAAACAUGAGUUUUUGCAAAUGGCCGAGGCUUGGAGGGGCAGCAGGGAUAACCUCCCUGCAUCGAUGAGAUGGAAGGGGUUCUUCAUAUACAUGGUCUAUGCGAUCGCAUUUAUGAUGACCAAAGCCCGCAUUAAUGGACAGAUGCGGUCUCAGGCAUUCUAUACCCUUGCGACUACAAAAUACCUUCCAUACGUAGUCGCAUCAGCCAACCCUAUUAUCCGCGCACAAGGAUUUCUCCUUCUCACUGUUUACGCCCUCCAUGUGCCAUCACAGGAGAACAUCAUUUCACUAUCCUCUUGGACAAUCCGGUUCUGCAUCAUGUCGCAGCUACACCUAGCUGAAACUGAGCCUCAGCCCGUUAGUAGCGACGCAUUGAUCCAGAUUCAGCACCGUCGAAGGAUCUUUUGGUGCGCAUACGCCAUCGAUCGAGCAGUGUGCAGCUCGUAUGACUUUCCGAGCUCGAUUCCAGACAACCACAUUACAGUUCCAAUUUUUGAAAACAUUGACGACGACCAACUACUUGCUGUUGCUUCUUCUGCUCAGCCGGGAUCACAACUCGUGGGAUCCAACUCACCAACAAAUCUAUCAUCAGCUAUUCAUGUUUUAGCCAGCCGUCAACUCGAAUCAGAAAUUCAGGAGACGGUCCUUGGUAGAGAUUUCGUCACCCAUUCUGACACGGCUUUUGCAUGGCGGGCUAAAAUGUUAGAGAAGAUAAAGGAGUGGAAUCAACGGUCCGGAAUAUCAUCAGAGCCGUCCCAAAAGGGUUACGUGAGUCUGGGGUGGCUCAAGAUGAUAUAUUAUUACAAUAUUAUAAUGUUGUACCGGCCCACCAGGACCAUUGUGCAGGGUCUAACUGGCGAUUGGUCUGUCCAGGCUUGCUGUCAAGCAUUGUUGUUAUUUCGGAAAUUCCAAAUGGCAAAGGAGAUUGCUCAGCCGUGGUUAGGGCUCCUGACCCAGUUCCAAAUCGGCGUGACUCUCCUAUACUGUCUUUACGCCACCCCGACCUCCAGAUGGAAGCUCUCUUACAAGUCCGCUGAUGUUUCCGAUGCCAUCCGCGCCUGCUCCAGCACGUUAGCCAUACUUGCAGAACGAUGGGCAGAAGCAGAAUGCGUCCGAGAUGUCUUUGAAAUAUUGGCGAGGGAAAUUCCCCUUGGAGAGACAUGGGAACGACCGAGAAUGAUGAGCGAGACAGGGAGAAAUGGGAUUGAGGAAAAUUGGAAACCAUUGAGCAACAUCGUUAUUCACCGUCCGACACUUCGAAUGAUUCACGAGAUGACGACAGAGCCAUUUGUGGAUCUUGCCGAGACGAUCUCGGACGACGUUGUGAAUACUGCUGUAACCCUUGCUCCCGUGGAUGCAACAUUCCUUGCGGAUGAAAUGGAUCUACAGUGGGCUGGUCCUACACGCGACUCGUCCCUGGGUUUGGGGACUCGUUUCGACUCGGCAACUGAUCUUAACACAUUCUCGGAUCAAAUUUAUUUUCAACUACAAUGAGGGAAUUUUCACAUCUUCUUUCACUCAACCCUUACUCCCUCUGAAGCCCUAUUCCAUUUCCCGAAAAACUGGGCUGUUAUGGAAGUCAAGAGUCUUCGAGCUGGCUUGUUCAUUCGCCCGUUUGCUUGGUCAUACAGCCUCCAAAGCAUACAACGGACAAUUUGAUUGGAAAACAUCUAUUUAUAUAUCUUAGUCUGAACCAGAUAACUGAGUACAUCAAAAACACAAAGAAUAAACGGGGGAGACGAUUUGCUUAAGCCCUUAACUUCAAA